UCGAGUCCGGUCGCUCGUCUCGUUAGCCCUAACGGUACGGAAAAUCCAUUAAAUCGCGCGUAAAAAUAGUAUUGUGGCAGCCAGAGAGCGUGCGUGAAAAUUUACGCUGCAAUUCACUUUUCCGCUUAUUGCUUUGUCGUGAAAUAGAUGAGAUGGUACUGGUUAAAUUGGACAAAAUUGAACCAUCUGUUGAGCUGUUUAUAGGGAUAAUUUAGAAUUAUAAUAUAUGAACGAAGGAUUUGUGAUAAAUAAUAAAUGUGGCGAUUAAUCGUUACUAGUGAGUCCAGGAUAAUUUAUUCGCUUAAGACGUGAUUUGAAAUUACAGAUUUAAAUCAGAUACAAAUUAAACGCAGUGGAAAAACGUAACAAUGGCUAUUGAGAAUGGCUUAACAAAUAAUGAUUUACUGGAGCAUUUCAAAAAGAUCGACGUCAAAGCUGCCGAUACGGAAAAGGAAGCAUUCAUCGUUCGAGUUACAAAUUUUUGGAAGAAACUGAGGUUGAAAAGUGCACUUUCGCACGUAGGACUACUAUUAUCGUUGGCGUUUUACUGCGGUGUAGGAGGAGUUAUGUUCAGAGAGUUAGAGCUUCCAGCAGAGCUUAACAGGACGCGAAAUUUGCGAGAAUCUGUGAUUGAGCAAAGAGAACAUUUCAUAUAUGCCAUCGUUAACAACACAGAUGUGCGGAAUUUGGAAACUCUUCUUUCGAUAGAACUGGAAAAAUACGAAAAGACCGUGGAAGAUGCAGCCCAAGGAGGAAUUUCAAUAGAUGUUGAUAAUAAUUUUCCUGUGGAAUCUGAGAAGUGGAGCAUACUACAAGCGGUAUUUUUUGCAUCCACUGUCCUUACCACAAUCGGUUAUGGAAAUAUCGUGCCCGUGACACUAUGGGGACGAAUCUUCUGUAUACUUUACGCUCUAAUCGGUAUCCCGCUGACAUUGACCGUGAUUGCUGACUGGGGACGCUUAUUCGCUACAGCGGUAUCCACCGUGGGACAACACUGGAAGUCCAUACUUCCCUUCGCAAGAUUUUGUCCAGAUGUUGGAAUAAAAAUGUCAGAUAAAAAGUGGUUGUAUGCUGUUGGUGCUGUAGGAUUCUUAGGUGUGUACCUGGCUGCGGGCACUGGACUCCUUCUUCUCUGGGAAGACGAUUGGAAUUUUUUCGAUGGUUACUAUUUUUGUUUCAUCACUAUGACCACCAUUGGAUUUGGAGAUUUAGUCCCCAGUAAACCAAAUUAUAUGCUACUUUGUACCUUAUACAUCCUGGUCGGACUUGCAUUAACUUCAACGAUUAUCGAACUAGUAAGGCGUCAGUAUGCUCAGAGUUGGCAAAAAUUACAGGCUCUUUCUGGACCUUUGGCGGAUACUUUGCGUCGACUAGGUGAAUCAGCAGGUACUGGAAUUGAUGUGACAGCUUUACAAAACGAUUUAAGACGCGUACUGACAAUUGUCUCUAUGCCGCGACUUCACGGUAGCAAAAAGAACGAUCCUAGUCAAAUAGCAGCUCUGGAAGCCAUUACGAAUGCAAUUCUUCAAGAUAUUAAGGAGAAACAGGAAAGUAAAGAUCCACCGAAGGUUGUCCAGAUUGUCAUUUAUGAAUCAUCGGUUUAGUGGAUUCACAACCACAAUCGUAUAAUUAAUAUCAAUAUAAUAAGAAUUGUUAAUAUUAUAAAAACUAAAAAACUAAAAUUUAUUAUAUAGUAUAUAUCCAUGUAUGUAUAUAUAAUAUUAGGUAUUUUCGCUUAACAAGAUAUUUGGCUGUUGAGAAAUAUAAAUAAAUCAUAGAUACAUUUCAAAUUUUCUGUUUGAGAAACUGACAGAGAAGAGUGUGAGAUCCAGUCGCAAUAUAUAUUUACAAACAAACAUGAUUGUAAUUAACGUUUUAGGAAACCCCUGUAUUGAGAUGUCAGUUUGUAUCCCAACGCCACAAGUACCGGUGACCGUGACAAAGCGUAAGGCUCACAAUCCAAGUGAUCCAAAUCCAAUUCCUAGCCGACACCGGAAGAUUUUUUGAAGCGAGAAACCCUCUAUAGUCAUGCCUUUCAUCGCAUGAGGAAACCGUUGUCGCGAAAACAUUAUUGUGAAUUGGAAACAUUCUGAAUUGAAAAAUAUUGACGAAGAAACUAUCAAUCACUACUAUUAUGAAAACCCUUGGAAAGAUGGCUCCUAGUUGCGUUUACGCUGUCUCCAAUCUACAAACUCCUGAUCACGAAUAUUGUUCCAUGCACGAUUUGUAAUUAAUUAUUGACGCACAGGUAUGAGGUAAUGCAAAUCAUUGGUACGGCGUGUGCACACACAAAAGUGUUAAAACAUUUCAAGAAAGGAUAUUAUUCAAUCUAAUUAUUCAAAUUGGUUCUGCUGUAUCACGAUUUACUUACAUACAGACAUGAUAUGUCAGCCACUAAAAUGCGUACCUCACCUAUCUGCGUUAAUUUCUUACUCGACGAGUGUGAAAAUGAGCACAGGACCAGUAGUAGUUCAGUUUCCUUUGCUAUGAACUUAAGGCCCAACUAGCGCGUUUUGCGUAGCCUUGGACAUCUAGUACAAAUAAGACAUAGUCAAUGGCAUCAACCUACAAAUAAGUAAAGUGCAAUAACUUCUUAGGCACCGCAGUUUAUG